AUGACAAAGACAAGCCUUUUCGAAGACUAUGUGGUCACCGAUAGAGGCGGCGUGAUUGAAAAUAGACAUGCAGUCCACGCUGCAGUCGUCGACGCUGAUGGCAAGGUCCUCUAUGCAGUCGGCAAUCCUUCACGAAUGACGCUGGCUCGCUCCGCAUCUAAGCCAGCGCAAGCUCUCGCAGUGCUUGAAACCCCAGGCUUCGACAAGUACGGCUUCGACGGAGCUGAUAUAGCUUUGAUGUGUGCAUCUCACAACAGCGAAGACCGGCACGUCUCGAGGGCAAAGUCAAUGUUAUCCAAGGUUGGGGCGCAAGAGUCAGACUUGCGGUGCGGCGGUCACCCUUCAAUCUGUCCAGUCGUGGAUAGGUCCUGGACCAGGGUUGGAUAUACGCCAACCGAGAUUAACAACAAUUGCUCUGGUAAACAUGCGGGCAUGUUGGGCGGCGCGAAGGCUCUAGGUGCGAGUUUCGAAGACUAUCACCUCCCUAGCCAUCCGAUCCAGGAAAAGGUGAAGCAGGUUGUUGAAGACUUGAGCGGGCUUGACGGUGACGAGAUCAAGUGGGCCAUUGACGGCUGCAAUCUUCCUGCACCCGGGCAACCUCUCUAUUCGAUGGGUCGCAUGUAUGCUGCCUUUGCCGCCGCCGCGGAUGCUAAUGAAGAGGACGGAAGCGUCCAACCGGUGAGAGUGAAACAUAUGUCCGAUAUCUACAACGCCAUGGCGACGUACCCUGAGAUGGUCGGCGGAGAGGGGCGUUUCUGCACUAUCCUAAUGGAAGCGUUCGAAGGCAGCCUUAUCGGCAAAGUUGGCGCAGACGGAUGUUACACCAUCGGUAUCCGCGCAUCAGGGUCCACGAAGAAGCUUGGCGCGGAGGGGGCCGUUGGCAUUGCAGUUAAAAUCGAGGACGGAAGCCUCGAAAUUCUCUAUGCUGCUGUUCCUGAGAUACUGGAUCAGCUUCGAAUUGGGACGCCGGAGAUACGACGUAGAUUGGUGAGCUUCCAUCACUUGAAGCGUACCAACACCAUGGGUGUUGAGACGGGUCAGGUCACACACGCCUUCAGCGUUCGCCGUAUCGAUUGA